ACUGGAUAUACGAAAAAUGUCAAGAUUAUUUUUAAUAAGAAAGAAAGAAAAGGCUGAAAAUCUGUUCCAGAUUGAAUGAAGCCAACUCAAGUGGAACAAGAGGAUUUGGGUUGGGCUUGAGUAAAAGAUAAAAACAAAAAGGUAGGUAGGAACUUACUGGAAGGAAUUAACAUAUGGACUGUAGACCAAGGGAAGGUGUGGUUUCAACGUCGUUUCUUGGGUGUUGUACUUGUUGUUGGGGGACAUUUGCUGAAGGAUUUAGAGAAUAUACAGGUUUUAGGGGGUAAAAAAAAAUCCCCAAACUAUAUACCUAUUUUAUGCGUGUGUACACGUAUGUAUGCAAAGUGAAAAAGGUACAAAUGCUGUAUGUUUUAAACAUACAUAAAGUCUGCGUAUCAAUGUACACGUCUCGUUCCACUCGCGGCCAGUGCAGAGCGACAGGUUCCCACGCUCCCUUCCUGGGGCCGCCGCGCCCUGGACUCCAUUUCCCAGAAGGCUAUUCAUCCUGUGCCCGGCCGAUUCCAGGCAUGCAACGCGCAGGGCUCUCUGGGAGAUGAAGUCCCGGACGGAUCGCGGGCUACUUGGCGAAAGUGCCGGCCACAAGUGCCUUCGUCGAGUAUGCGCGGGCACGGGGACGCGUGAGUGGCGGCACUGUGAGGUUCUGUAAGGAGGCGGCAGCUGUAGUAAGUCCGUGGUCCCGACGGAGCGGCCAGUAGUCCCAGCCCUGGGCCCAAAGGUCAGAGCCAGGAGACUGGAGAGCCACCGCUGUGUGGGAGUAGAGAAGAGAAGGCCGUGGCUCAGAAACAGGAAUCCACCCUUGCAGCAGUCACCUGCAACCUGGGACCUCUGCCUGGGACUAAGUCCACAGGCCCCCCCAUCCUGUAGGGGCUAACGUGAGCAGCCUGGAGACAGAGCAGAGUGGCAUGCAAUGGAGCCUGAGGCAUCAGAGUCAGAGCCUGCAAGGUUCCAAGCUGCCUGGCUACCUCCAGAUGAAGGGGCUCCACCUCAGGGACCAAAGACGAUGGGACUCACAGGGGAGCGCGGCUGUGCCUUCAGCAAAAACUCAUCCCUUGUUAAGCACUGGAGCAUCCACACCCGAGAAACCCUGCCCGUGCAACCACUGCAGCAAAGGCUUCCGGAAGAGUUUGUUCCUCGCCAAGCACCGGCGGAUGCACACAGGCGUGUGGCCAUACACGUGCAGCCAAUAUGGCUGCACAUCCAGCCAGAGCUCCCACUUUGUGCAGCACCCACAAGUGCACAGCGGACGGGGAGCGGCUGUCCCCCAGCACGCGGCCGUGCCUUCGCCAACCGCUCAGCAUUGCCGGUCCACCACAGGACGCACAUGGGGGACAGGCCCGAUGCGUGUGGUAUGUGCUGCAAGGCAUUCAGCCUCAGCUCGUCCCCGGCCAACCAUCAGCGCUGCCACGUAGGCGAGCAGCCAUCUGAGUGCCGGGAGCGCGGGCGCGCCGUCCCCCAGAGCUUGUCCCUCGCCAAUCACUGGUAUGUGCAUAAGGGCGAGCAGCCAUGUGCCUGCGGCCAGUGCAGGAAGGCCUUCUGCCAGAUCAAGUUCCUCACCCAUCACGAGCGCCUCCACACCGGUGACAAGUCCUUCAUGUGCGGUGACUGUGGGAGAGCCUUCAUGCAGAGUACCUUCCUGGCCCUCCACCCGAAGACGCACACCAGGUAGAAGCCCUACAAGUGCAACAAGUGCAGCAAGACUUACAUUCAGAUGUCACACCUCACUGAGGCACGCAUACAGCUGCUCGCCGGGGUGAACAACGGGAGUGGCCAUUUGGGUGCAGUGUGUAUGGCAAGGCCUUCAGCUGCAGCACACACCUUGUGCAGCACCAGCACACCCACACCUGGUGCCAAGCCCUUCCUAUGCAGCACGUGUCGGAAAAUCUUCCACAGAGGCGGCGGCCCUGAUUCUGCAUCAUAAGAUCCACACAGGAGAGGCCCUUUGAAUGUCAGAGUGCAGCAGAGCCUUCGGACAGAGCAGAUCUCUGUCUAGUAUUGGAGGACUCGUUCCCUGGGGAAAGACCCUGUGAACACAGUGAGUACUGGAAAACCCUCAGCAACUGUUUGGUUCUCGCGUGGCCAUGAACUGGGACCAUGCCAAAUGUUGCAGAGACCCAUCUGUCCUUGGUGUGUUGUCCUGCAUCCUGCAGAGGGCCCAUGUAGGUCAGUGUAGAACAGCCCCCAUUGCACAUCAUACAUUUCUCCCUGCAGGGUCACCUGGUGUGGUGAGAAAUCCGGGAGUGGGCCUUGAAUCCAGAGUCUUCUGUAGAUGCUUCUCUGUAACCUUCAAGAAGAGCGCUGUCCACUCCCUUCCGGUUCUUCUCCAUUAUACAGGUUUCUACGAAUGCCCACCAGAUGGCAGGAGCGAUCCACAGCUGGGGACCUGUCUUGCUCUCAGUAGGCCUGAAAUAGAGCUCAUUUCAAAGUUUUAGCAAAGAA